AUGGACGCCCGGACCAUGGCUGCCAAGGGACCUGACUCCCGCACCCGGCUCUGGGCGGCGGCGCUGCUCCUGCUCGGCCUGCCAGGGCUCUCCGUGCGGGCGGAGGGGAAGCUCUUUGUGCUGGAGUCUCAGAAUGGCUCUCAGGGCCUGGAACUAAAGGCCGCUCGGCUUUCCUGCAAGAGCAGAGGCGCUCACCUGGUGUCUGCGGACGAGCUGCGGAGGGUGGUGCAGGACUGUGCCUUCUCCGUGUGCACCACGGGCUGGCUGGCGGACGGCAGCCUGGGGACAACCAUGUGUAGCAAGGGGAGUGGUGAACAGCAAAUCAUGAGAGCUGUCGAUGUGCGAAUUGAAAGCAACCCAGUUCCUGGUGGCACAUACAAUGCCCUGUGUAUUAAGGAUGAAGAGAAGCCGUGUGGAGACCCACCUUCCUUCCCACACACCAUCCUGCAGGGCCACACGGGCUUGGAGAUGGGGGAUGAGCUGCUGUACCUUUGUGCCCCCGGCCACGUGACGGGCCGGCGCGAAACAGCCUUCACCUUGCUGUGCAACAGCUGCGGGGAGUGGUAUGGCCUGGUCCAGGCCUGCGGGAAAGAUGAGGGUGAGGUACAUAUUGACUAUGAAGAUAAUUUUCCUGAUGACAGAUCUGUGUCAUUCAGAGAGCUCAUGGAGGAUUCCCGGACAGAGGCAGAGGAGGACAGGGGUCAGGGAGAAGCCUCUGAGGAGGCUCCAAAGCAGGACCAUCUGGUCUCUAUUUCUGUGGGGAGAGAGGACACAGCCCAGGAUACAGCUGUUGUGCCAACCACAGGUUUGCCCAGCACUGGGAGCAGUGUCCCCACAGACCUGCCAGGAUCCCAACAAAACCAGAAGUACAUGUUCUGGUUUCCUGAUGAGAGCUUCCACAAGCCUGAGUUGGAAAAGGAGAUGGAUGAGGACACCAAAAAGCAGUUUCCUGCUGGAGAAAACCACAGUGGCACCCCAUUAGCCCCAGGUGAGCCAGAAACUAGGGUCAUCUACAGCAGCACUGAUGGUCCCUUGGGGCCAUUUGUGGGCAGGAAUGACAGCAAGGCAGGUGACCCAAUGGUGAGCAGCAGCGAUGAGUCCUGGUUAGAUGGCUACCCUGUGACCGAUGGGGCUUGGAGGAAGACAGAGGCAGAAGAGGAGGAAGAGGAGGACAAGGGCAAUCGAUCAGUAGGACUGGAAGAAACCGUCCUAGUUACACCCAAUCAGCCUGCUCUUGUGGAAGUUAAGAAGCCCAGGAGUACCACCCUCACACUCAGUGAGGACACGACCCACCGUUCAGUUCUUCCAACUCAAACUCUAGAUGUAGAAGCUUUGGCUCUCAGACCCAUGAGUGUGUCUGAAACUGAGAGUCCCAGCAAGGGGGAUGGUGACCUGACCAGGGACCAGUCAACUGCUCCUUGGAGAUAUGCCACAGAGAAGCCUCCCAUGUCCAUCCUACCCUAUGAGCUCACCAGCUCUAUCCUGGAGAUGGUGACAACCACCAUCCAAAAGACGUCGAACCUCAUUCCCUCAACCGUCAUGGCGGCCACCCAGACGCCAAUGGAAAUCACUGCCCCUGAGGUCCAGGAUACCUUUCCAUACCUGCUGUCUGAGGACUUCCUGGGACAGGAAGUCCCCGGCCCAGGUGCAAGCGAGGAGCUUCUUCCAACCUUGGAGUCCUGCGUAGGGGAUAAGUGUCCCAGCCUCAGCAGAGGCCCCAUCAUUGCCAUUGUCACGGUCCUGUGCCUGCUGCUGUUCCUGGCAGGCGUGGGGGCCGUGUGGGGUUACCGCAGGUGCCAGCACAAGAGCUCCGUGUACAAGCUGAAUGUUGGCCAGCGGCAGGUUGGUCACUACCACCAGCAGAUUGAGAUGGAGAAGGUCUAG